GUAACUACUCGCAGACUGAUGAGCUAGCUACUGUUAUACUUUUCCUGGUCAAUACUCCUUCUGUUGUCUCUCGCCGAUAUCCUUUUUCCGGCCGUCGCUUCUCCGUCGUCACACACGUAGGUAUCUCUAACUCAAUGUCAAUCCCUUUAAUAUCUCGAUUAAUCUCAUUUUCAAUCAGGCCCAAAACCCCUGCUUUUUCAUUCACAUCAUUUGCACCCACAAGCCCACUUGAAAAUUGUUGGACACAUUUACAGAAAAAUGAUCCAAAUAUUGAAAAAACUUUAACAAGAAUUGUGGGGUCUAAUUUAAAUGCAUCAUGUGUUAAGGAGUUAAUAAAAAGAUGCAGUCUUGGAAGUAAAUAUUAUGUAUCUGGGCUUAGGUUUUUUGUGUGGGCUGGAAUUCAAGGUGGUGGUGGUGGGUAUAAACAUAGUUCAUAUAUGUAUAAUAUUGCUUGUAAACAUUUCAAGAUUCAUAAAAAUCCUAACUUGAUUAAGGAAGUAGUCGAGGCGUAUCGUGUCGAUAAGUGUGUUGUGAGUGUGAAAAGUUUCAAGAUUGUUUUGAGUUUAUGUAAGGAGGCUAAGAUUGGGGAUGAGGGGUUGUGGGUGUUUAGAAAAAUGAGUGAUUUUGGUUGUAGGCCGGAUACUACGGCGUAUAAUGUGGUGAUUAGGCUGUUAUGUGAGACGGGUCGGGUUGAUGAAGGGUUGAAGUUGAUGGAGGAGAUGAAGGUGGUUGGUUGUUAUCCGGAUAUGGUGACGUUUGUUACGUUGGUUAAAGGGUUUUGUGAUUUGGGUAAGGUAGAAGAUGCUUAUAGGUUGUUUGAGGUUAUGGAUGGACAAGGGUGUUUAGCGAAUGUUGUUGCGUAUUCGGCUUUGCUUGAUGGGUAUUGUCGGGUUGGGAAUUUGGAAAAAGGUUUGGACUUAUUGAAAGAAAUGGAAAACAAAGGUGGGGCAUGUGCACCGACUGUUGUUACAUAUACUACUAUGAUUCAUGGUUUUUGUGAAAAGGGUAGAACGAAUGAGGCAUUGACUAUUUUGGAUCGUAUGGAGCUGUGUGGCUGUGCACCAAAUAGGGUUACGAUUAGUACCUUGAUUGAUGGUCUUUGUAAGGAGGAGCAAGUUGAGGAAGCGUAUAAGUUGGUUGAUAGAUUUUUUGCUAAAGAGAGUGUUUCUAAAAGUGAGUGUUAUAGCUCUCUUGUGGUGACAUUAAUGAGGGUUGGAAAGUUUGGAGAGGCUGAGAAAGUAUUCAGAAGAAUGUUGGUGAGUGGUUUGAAGCCGGAUGGAGCGUCUUGUAGCGAGUUGUUAAAGAGGUUGUGUUUAAAAGAACAACGGGUACUAGAUGCUUUCACGUUGCUUACUGAAAUUGAGAAAUUAGGAUUUGUAACUUCUAUUGAUUCGGAAAUUUGUUCUAUUAUGAUGAAAGGACUUUGGACUAAGAAGCAUUCAUUGGAAGCUUCCAAGCUUGCUAUGUUGAUGGCUCAGAACAAGAUCCUACUUAAACCUUCUUAUGUGUAGAGUGUGGCUGAGUAGCAUAAGAAUGCUGGGAAAAUGGAACUAACUUCUCAUUUUUAUAAGGUGAUUGGUUGUUAAAUGCGGGUGGAUGGCACUUCUCUUUGUAUGCUGCUGGAUCGUCUUGGACUAUUGUUCACUGGUGAGACUCUCUACAGAGAGCUGUUGCAGAGUCAACUCGAAAGCCUCUCAUUCAAGAAAUGAAGAUAUUGCCAGUUAGAGGCAUGUGCAGUGUGCCUGUUCAAGCAAGCUAGUUAUGCACUUCUGCUACAUUUUCAAAACUCAAGGUAAUUGGGUUGGGUAAUCGGUCAGGAUAGGUUCAGGUAAUAAAGGGUCAUUUUUGUAUCGGUAGGUCAAAACAGCUGGGCCUGGUUGACCUGAAAUCUUAUGAAUCAAUUUUGUAGGGUUAGAAACACUUAUUGUAAAUAUGUACUUUGUCACUUCUGAAUUAUGAUUGAAAGAGUUACCUUAUUUUAUCAA